ACCCAACACACUCACUCAUUCUUUAUAACCCGCCGCUCCUCCUGCUCUGUCCACUCUCUACAGGCUUGAGGUCUAGCACUUGUUCACUUUCGUUUUCCACCGCACAUUCCUUCCCAGAGAUCUAGUAUCUCUAUCAGUCAUUACGACACAAAAACCACCAGUCUCUACACUGAACUGCUAGCCGGUUCACCAACAGACUCACUCUCUACCAACAUCUGCUAUCCAGCAAAUCAAAGCUUAACCAGCAAAUCUAUCACCAACAACAUGAAGUCCUCUCAGGUUCUCGCUUCCGUCCUUUUCGGCUCCAUCGCCGCUGCUUUCCCCUUCAAGCGCGACCUCAUCACCAAAACUGAGGUCCAGGUUGAGACCGUCAUCGUCUACACCACCAUCUGGGAAGACGACGUCCCCGUAGCUGAGGCCACUACCACCGCUGGAGGCUACUUCUACGAGCAGCCCGCCAGCUCCGCUGCUGAGACCACCCCUGCUGCUACCUCCACUCCCGCCUCCACUCCCUCUGCUGUCCAGGAGCCUACUUCCGUCUACACUCCUCCUGUUCAGACCUCUACGUUUUCCUCCACCGUAGUCGUUGUCUCCUCCGCCGCGCCUGCUCCAAAGCCUGUCGAGACCUCGUCCGCACCUGCCCCAGCUACGUCAACCACCACUGAGGCUGCCUACACUCCUGCUCCUGUUUCCUCUGCUGCCCCUGUCUCCUCUGCUGCCCCUGUCUCCUCUGCUGCCCCUGCUACCACCACCGCCGCUGCUGCCCCUGUUACUCAGCAGCAGUCGUCCUCUGGCUCCACCAGCACUGGCGAGAACUUCUCUAGCGUCGACCUGACCAUCAACCCGCUCACCGGUGCUCUCGGAGCUUGCGGUGAGCCCAUGCACGCCACCGACUUCUACGUUGCCCUCGCUGCGCCUGCCUGGGGAGCCUCUACCUACGACUCUCAGACUGGCAAGGCUACCAACAAGUGGUGUGGACAGAAGAUCAAGAUCGAGUACAACGGCAAGUCGGUCGAUGCCACCAUCAUGGACCUGUGCCCUGGCUGCUCCGGCCACGACCUUGACCUCUCUGACGCGGCCUGGGCAGCCAUUGGCAUGACCGAGUGGACUCGCGUCCAGGGUAGCUGGUCCAUCGUCAACUAAGCACCCACUCCACCACCUCUCCUCCUUUGCCAGCCUUUAGCACAGCUAGCCAGGUGUAGUAAGGCUACACUAUGAUCAAUAUACCCAAGAUUUCGCUAGCGCAGGCUGGUCAGCGCUUUGCACGACACGUUACGAUAUGCCUUCCCAUGUUUUGCAUCAAGCGGAUCAAUCAUCCGGAGUCAAGAAAAAAUAACCAUUGAGGUUUUGGUUUGGUUCGCUCGGAACGUCACUUCUACCACUUAGAUCUCAUGAAGUAUAUGGGGAUUCGCUGGUCGUUAGAAGUUGACUGUUCUUUUCACAUAUUCUUGUCUCUCCUUGACAAACAUUCUUUUCUCUUCGUGUAUACACAUUUAUCUAGGGUCGGUGUAUGGAUUGGAUACCCAUAUACUUUGAACGUUGAGAUCUGGAGGCUACUCAAUCAACAAUCGUUUGAUUUACUCAGAAUGAAAAUCAUGCAAACAAA